UUGUAAUUUAACCCCAUUCCAACCCCCUUUUCACAUCUCAAAGUUCUCACCCUUCCCUUCCUCUAUAGCUUUUAGCCACUAACUCCCCUGCACUACAAAUCCCUCUCUAACCCUUUCGUUCCCUUCAUCCAAACCACACACACACACACACACACACACACACAACUCAGAGAAGAGAAGGGGAAGGGAAACAACAAUGAUGGGGCAAAGGCAACACGUUCUUCUUCUCAUUUUCUCAGCUUUUCUUCUCUUCCAAACCUCAAACGCCCAUAACAUUACACGUCUGCUUGCAAAGCACCCCUCUUUGUCCACAUUCAAUCAUUACCUCACCCUCACUCACUUAGCUCCCGAGAUCAACCGCCGCACCACCAUCACUGUCCUUGCCUUAGACAACGCCGCCAUGUCUUCCCUCUUGGAUAAAAACCCUUCCAUUUACACCAUCAAGAACAUCCUUUCCCUUCAUGUCCUCCUUGACUACUUUGGUGCCAAGAAGCUUCACCAAAUAAGGAAUGGUACUGCACUAGCUGCUACUAUGUUCCAAGCUACUGGUGUGGCUCCUGGGGUUUCUGGGUUUGUUAAUAUAACCGAUUUUAAAGGUGGGAAAGUUGGUUUUGGAGCUGAAGACAAUGGUGGAAGUUUGAAUUCCUUUUUUGUUAAAUCUGUGGAGGAACUUCCUUACAAUAUAUCUGUGAUUCAGAUCAGCAAGGCUUUGCCUUCUGUUGUAGCUGAGGCUCCUACUCCAGGGCCAAGUGAGCUGAAUAUCACUGGCAUUAUGUCAGCGCAUGGGUGUAAAGUGUUUGCUGAUACCCUUUUGGCUAACCCUGAAGCCAUGGGAACAUAUGAGGAUAAUGUUAAUGGAGGAUUGACUGUGUUCUGCCCUAUGGAUUAUCCAUUCAAAGCCUUUUUACCAAAGUACAAGAACUUGACAGCUUCUAAGAAAGCAUCUUUCCUCGAAUUCUUCGGUGUGCCUGUGUACCAAUCUUUGUCCAUGUUGAAGUCCAACAAUGGACUCAUGAACACAUUAGCUACCGACGGAGCCAGCAAGUUCGAUUUCACCGUGCAAAAUGAGGGUGAGGAGGUGACACUAAAGACCAGGGUUAACACUGCCAAAAUAACUGGGACUCUGAUCGACGAGCAGCCAGUGGCAAUUUAUACAAUCGAUAAAGUGUUGCUGCCUAAAGAAUUGUUCAAGGCAGCUCUUAGUCCAGCCCCAGCCCCUGCCCCAGAGGAGGCAGCAGAUGCACCAAAGGGAUCUAAAUCCAAAACCAAGUCCAAGUCUAAGACUAAGUCUAAGGCAGCACCAACACCGGAUUCAGACUCACCAGCUGAGUCACCAGAUGAUGACCCAGCUGAUCAGGUAGCUGAUGAUGAUAAUGCUGCUAUGUGUUUUGGGGCUGAAAGGCUUGCUGUUGUUGGAUUGAGCUUCUUGUUAGUUUUUUUCUUGUUGUAAGUGAUGCCUGAUAUGAGGCUAACUUAUUAGUCGCCAUCAGUGUGGUUACUCUUUUUUUCUUUUGGUACUGUUUGUUUUGUAGUGUGUGAUGAGUAUUUUUGUGUUGUUAUAUUCGCUCGAGUAAAUGCAAAUUGUGAUGUUAGUUGUAGCAA